UUACAGAAAAUAUUAAAUUUUUUGUGAUUUAUAUCGUUAUCGGGACGAUAGAUGUUUUAUAUCGGGAUAUGAGAUUUUGGUCAUAUCGCACAGCCCUAUUCAUACAUUACUAAAUCUUUUGGGGAAGGUAUAAUAAGUGCCAGACACACAAACUCAGACACAUAUCGCUGUGAUCUCAGUCAGCAGCACAGGAGCUCCUCCUCUCCUCUGAUGCCCAUGGAGGAUCUAGAAGGAAAAAGGUCGAGGUGGUCACAUUUUCUUAAAAGUAAGUUGUGAGUUAGUGUUGCCUGAUCUCCCUGACUUUCUUUUUUUCAGUCAGACUAAGUAACCUAGUUUGAAUGUGAGUAGAAAUCCUGCCGAAACACGUUUGAGCGGUAUGGUUCAGAGGUCUAUGAAUUCAAAUAAAUUUGUCAUUGAUAGAAAAAAGCUGCAACAUGCACAUUUAAACAGUUCUCUCUCCAAAGAAAACACACCGACAUCAGAUUAACAGAUAAGAUGACACAAGAGGAAGUGCAUGUAGUCAGCAAGGUGAAUUACAUUCCCAGAAUACCGACAGUCCUGUAUAUGUGCAAGAAACGAAGUGUGCAACACUCGGAAUUUAAGGUGCAUGACACGUGUCUUAACUAUAUCAAGCAAAUAUUCUGUAUUGGUUAAUGGUGAAAGAAGUAUUUCCUAAAGCUUGACAUUUUCAGUUUACAGUUUAUUACCAAAGGUUUUAAGAGUUUAUACACAUGGUGUUCUGUGGAGCUAACUAGGCUGCACGCGUUGCACGUCUUCACUCGGUGUUGGAGGCCACCCCUCCCUGUUUGUUCUGGCUCGCUGCCAACACAUAUACACACACACAACUGCCCCACUUAUCUAAAGGGAGGGGUGGUCUCUCACGCAGAGGAGCUGAGAUUGAAUAAAUGUAAGAAACAGAAAUGAGAAAGGAAUCAGAAACUGUUUUCUGUAGUAAAUGCGUGCAGGAGGGAGAGGGAGGGAAUGUAGAAAUGGACUUUCAAGAAGGAUGCAUGUUUCAAGGCGCAGAGCAUCAAGUGACUCUAAGAACACAUUGCAAUGUGAAUCACUGCAUGUAACUGCACCAAACUUGGAUUUACCAUAAAGCGCAGACAAUUUCAUCCCAUUAGUGUCUGCUAAUGUGGUUAAUGAGAGAAGAGGAAAUGAUUUGGCCCCAGUGUGCUUUAAAUUGAGGUUAUAUGAGUUGGCUGCUUCUGUAGAGCUGCGUAGCCAUAGAGAAGAGCUUUGAGCUGAGAAAGAGAGGUGAGAUUUGGGUUGGGUGAGGGAGGGGGGGAUGUAGAGGUGGUGUUUCCCUGCCUGUUCCAGCUUUGAGGUAUUGUGUGUCAUCUCUCAGCACUCUCCACUGCAGCCGUCUGCUGAAUAGUAAUCAGUGACACCAGGAUAGAAGAGGGGGAAGGAGGUGGCGUGAGAGAGGGAGGGAGAGAGACAAAAAGAAAGAUUGCAAAGAGACAGAGAGAGAGUGAGGAAAGCGAGACAUGGGGAGGGAGGUGGAAUGCCAAGCUGACAAUCCUGCUGCAUUAUCUGCCUGAUGGUAGAGCAAGUGUGAAAGGAGGGAAAGGAUAGAAGAGGCUGAGGCGGAGAUCUACUGGAGGAUGCUGUGGGGUUCCAUGAGGAGUGUGAUGUGAAAGCGAUCUAGCAUUUUCAGCUGGCUUUGAUCGACUCCAAACUCUGCACUUUGUCCAAAGCUGAAAUUCAGUUCCACAUCGCUCAUUUAUAUGAGAUCCAGAAGAAAUACAGAGCAGCGAAGGAAGCGUAUGAAAGUCUGUUGCAGACGGAAAAUCUUCCUGCACAAGUGAAGGCGACCACACUGCAACAACUUGGCUGGAUGCAUCACACAGUGGAACAGUUGGGGGAUAAAGGCACCAAGGACAGCUAUGCCAUCCAGUGUCUGCAAAAGUCUUUAGAGGCAGACCCAAACUCUGGCCAGUCUUGGUACUUUCUUGGCAGGUGCUACUCCAGUAUUGGGAAGGUGCAGGAUGCCUUCAUCUCUUACCGGCAGUCCAUUGAUAAAUCGGAGGCCAGUGCUGACACCUGGUGCUCUAUAGGGGUGCUUUACCAGCAGCAGAACCAGCCUAUGGAUGCACUGCAGGCUUACAUCUGUGCUGUUCAACUGGAUCACAGCCACGCCGCCGCCUGGAUGGAUCUGGGCACUCUCUACGAAUCCUGCGGCCAGCCGCACGACGCUAUCAAGUGCUACAUCAACGCUACUCGCAGCAAGGCCUGCCUCAAUACUGCUGCACUCACACAACGUAUCAAGCUGCUGCAGGCUCAGUUGUGUAACCUACAACCAGGUAGUCUGCAGAAUAAGAGUAAAAUGCUUCCUAGUAUUGAGGAGGCAUGGAGCCUACCCAUUCCUGCUGAGCUCACGUCCAGGCAGGGGACCCUGAACACUGCACAGACACAGCAGGCCUGUAAAGGGGAGGGAGGCCAGUCUGCCAGCAAUCAUGCAGAACCGCAGGCCAGUCCUGCUAAGAAGAAACGCACUGCCAGCCCAGCCAAGGGUGCUGCAGACUCGUGGGGAAACACCACCAAUCAACAGCAAAUCAAGCUUCAGCACCUGGAACACUUGCGGACCAACCGAGCAAACCUCAACCCCCACCAGUUGCAGAUGCUGGAGCAGCUGGAGAAGCAGUUCUCGCUCAUGCAGCAUCAUCAGCAGAUUCGGCAGCAGGCAGCAGCAGGUGGCCAACCGAGGCCCAGCCUUCCCAACGGCGAAUUGGCUGGGCCCUCUCCCCACCACGCAGGCUUCUCUCGCACCUCCCCUCUCAAUCACACAGCCACCCGGUCCCCGUGUGUCACUCAGCCCACAGCCAAUGGAUCCUGUUCCACAAGUCCUUCAGCGGGGCUGCCUGGCCACCUGGACAAAAAUCACAACCUGGGACUGGGAGGUGGCGGCGCAAGCAACGGAAACGUGCCUUACCCGCAGCAGAACUCUCUACCUCACAACUGCAAAGCCGCCAGUCAACCCAGCACCAGCAGCACUACCAGUAGUCCCAGUCAAGCAGACGAGACAUGGAGGAGCCAACAACGCAACACUACCACUCAGGGGCUUCAAAAAGGUCCAGGUUCACAUUCGGCAGGUCCUAAUGGAGAACCCCCUUUUUCUUCUUCCUCCUCCCCUCAGACCUCGUUCACAUCAUCUGGCAUUCUGAAUCAGGUUGGACAUUCCUCUGGGCCCUGCACUGCCUCUUCCUCUGCCUCGUCUUUAUCCCCCACUUCCCCUCAGACAACCCCCAACCACUUGUCCUCACCUCCCCACUCCGCUACUACCUCAGGGGUCCACACCAAAGACACCACGCCUUCAGGGGGCAACACCGGCAGCAGUGCUGCAGCUGCCGCUUUGCCAUCAGGUCAGGAGGCUGCCAUCAGGCAUUCCGGAGGGACGUCGCAUAGUCCCAGCACCACCCCUGCGCAGGGAUUGACUAAUCACAUCCAGCCACGGGUGACUGACGGCUCUGCCAGCGCGUCUCUGCCCAGCUCUCCUGCCCCCAGCGUGCUCAGUUCAGACAAUCCUCUCUCAGCCUUGAUAAAGGGAAAAGCUAAUACUACCAGUAACGACAAUAACAAUAACUACAGCAACCACGGAGGGUCUUCCUCAGAGAAAAUGAACAAUGUCCAUCCAGGUCUCAAUGGCGCCACCAAGCCAGUUUCAGAGCACUCAGUGGCAUCCUCGCCACUUUCUGCCACUGCGAUGCCCUCUCCAUGUUCAGCAGACCCUCACACCAUUAACAGCCUCCCCUGCCUUAACAGCCCGUCCAGUACAAACAGUCAGGGGCCCACGCUCAAUGGAAAGGGGCUGGAGGACUCCCAGAGCCCAAUGAAGGUGGAGCCUUGUGGGGGGCCUCAUAGACAUUCUGGCCCUGCUGGCCUGGCUCCCUGGUCCUCAGUUUCCAUCUACCCCAGCUCCAGUGAAAUGCUCAAAGCAUGCAGGAAUCUGGGGAAGAACGGCCUGUCGACCAGCAGCAUCCUCUUGGACAGGUGUCCCCCACCACGGCCUCCUCGUGCGCCAUCUCCUCCACUGCCAAAGGACAAACUCAAUCCCCCAACACCCAGUAUUUAUCUAGAAAACAAGAGGGAUGCCUUCUUCCCCCCCCUUCAUCAGUUCUGCACCAAUCCCACCAACCCGGUCACUGUCAUCAGAGGACUGGCUGGAGCACUCAAACUAGACUUGGGCCUGUUCUCCACUAAGACACUGGUGGAGGCUAACCCAGACCAUUUAGUGGAGGUGCGGACUCAGCUGGCUCAGCCCACCGAUGAGAACUGGGAUCCCAGCGGCAACAGGAAGAUGUGGCGCUGUGAGAGCAGCCGCUCACACACCACCAUCAUCAAAUACGCCCAGUACCAGGCAUCGUCCUUCCAGGAGUCUCUGCGGGAAGAAAAUGAGAAGAAAAAGGAGGUGGAAGCGGAGGCGGGUUCCUCAGACGGUGUGAAGCGAAGGAAGGGUCUGUUCAAACACAUCAAGUUUGGCACCAACAUCGAACUCUCAGAUGACAAGAAGUGGAAGCAGCAGCUGCAGGAGCUGACUAAGUUGCCUGCCUUCGCCAGAGUGGUGUCAGCUGGUAACCUGCUCAGUCACGUAGGUCACACAAUCCUGGGCAUGAAUACUGUGCAGCUCUAUAUGAAGGUGCCAGGGAGCAGGACACCAGGUCACCAAGAAAACAACAAUUUCUGCUCCGUCAAUAUUAAUAUUGGUCCUGGGGACUGCGAGUGGUUUGCUGUGCCUGAGCCAUACUGGGGCGUCAUCAAUGAAUUCUGUGAAAAGAACAACAUUAACUACCUGAUGGGCUCCUGGUGGCCCAACCUGGAGGACUUGUACGAGACCAAUGUGCCUGUUUACCGCUUCAUCCAGCGUCCCGGGGACUUGGUGUGGCUUAAUACAGGCACAGUUCAUUGGGUUCAGGCCAUCGGCUGGUGCAACAACAUCGCGUGGAAUGUCGGACCCCUUACAGCCCAUCAGUACAAGCUGGCGGUGGAGCGCUACGAGUGGAACAAACUGCAGAGCGUCAAAUCCAUCGUUCCCAUGAUCCACCUCUCAUGGAACAUGGCCAGGAACAUUAAAGUCUCAGACCACAAGCUUUAUGAGAUGAUCAAGUAUUGUUUGUUGCGCACUCUGAAGCAGUGUCAGAUGCAGAGGGAGCUGCUACUGGCUGCCGGGAAGGAACUGGUGUGGCAUGGGAGGACCCAGAACGAGCCAGCACACUACUGCAGCAUCUGUGAAGUGGAAGUGUUUGACCUGCUGUUUGUAACCAGCGAGAGCAACAGCAGGAAAACAUACGUGGUGCACUGCCAGGACUGUGCCCGUAGGGGGAGCGCUAACCUGGACAACUUUGUGGUGCUGGAGCAGUACAAGAUAGAGGACCUCAUGCAGAUUUAUGACCAGUUCACACUUGCGAGUCCCCUGCCUUCCUCCUCUUGAUGGUGAUAUUCUCUCGUUCUGAGGACUUUUAGUACCACAAAUCAGAAACUCUCCGGAAACCUUGUUUUUUCUUUUCUCUCUCUCUCGCUCUCUCUUUUUUUUUUUUUUUCUUUUUCUUUUUUUAAAGUUUGUUUCUUCUGAUAUUCAGGAAGUAAGCCGGCAGUCACCCAACUGCACCCUGUAGCUAAUCCUAUAAGGCAGCUGCCUGAAAGCUGUGUGUCUAUGCAACCUGCCCAGAGUGGUGUGCCACCCCCAACCCCCCCACCCACCCACCCAAACAAGUGGACUAGAGGGGGUGAACGGUAGCGCCACCUGUCAUCACGACCAGACUGUUCUACUGCUGGCUCAGCCGGACUUCACCCCAAAAACCACACAAAAUCACAAAAGGAGGGGAAAAGUCAAAUUUUGUACAUAUUAAGUUUAAACUGGCAACAUCAUCACGCAAAGACUACUGACUCGAUAGUUUUCCUGUUCCCCGCCAUUUUUGUCUUCUGUUUGUGAGUUCACAAGAGCUUUGUUCCCUCCUUCCCCUCGAUGACACAAGUACAUUAGCAUAGCGGGUCUUUUGUAUGUUAGACACCUCCUCGGUCAGGAACAUGAGUUAAAAACUGUUUUGUAAUGCGAAACGUUGAGUGACAGAUUCUUUGAGACAUUUCCCUUCGUUUGUUUGUUUUGGAUUUUUUGUAAUCACUUAAGUUUUUUUGAUUAUGCUGCAAGUAUGAUGAGACUUUGGUUCCUUUGGGUUGAGGGAGAGGAAAUGAGUUGUAGGCCAUGUCACAAAGAAAAAGGGUUGCACAUAGUUGAAAGAGUGAACUUAAAUUUGUGAUGUUUUCUUUUUGUAUUUGGUUGUAAAUUACACUAUUUAUAAAUGCCUAUUUAUUGCCUGAAAAAUAUUUGUUGAUGGAAUGCUGUACUUUUUUUUCCCAGAGUACCUGCCAUUAAAUUUGAAGGAGCCUUGUGAUUUUUUUUAAAGCAGGGCCCCUCAUAACGUUUUCUAUAUGAAUAAAACUGCUUAGUAAGCAUUGUACAGAGACCUUACAUUGAAAUGGGUUUAUUGUUUGAAGGAUGUUUUAUGCGUCAAUAAACAAAACCGGUCUUUAUUUA